AUGGAGUCUCAUCAGAAAAGACUCCUUGCAAGAACGGUCGAUGAUCGUGCUGAAACCAAUCCCAACCAGCGAUUUGCGGUUAUUCCAGAGGGAUUGGAAAUAAGCAAUGGGUUCCAAAUAAUCUCAAUCAAAGACCUUGCACGAUCCGUGAACUUCAUGUGUUGGUGGAUUGAAAGCAUCAUCGGACCGGCACAAUUCCCAGAGACUUUGGCCUAUAUGGGGAGCAAUGAUGUGCGCUAUUUCAUAUUUAUGCUGGCAUGCCAGAAGACUGGAUAUCAGCCCUUCUUGCCUUCUACUAGGAACUCAGACGAAGCCUAUGCCCAUUUACUAAAAACGAUGAAGUGCACCAAGUUCUUCUUCAGCGAGGAGCGCCAAACACGAACCCUGGAGAUCCAGGGGCUUGUUUCAACAUUGGAUAUAUUCCAGAUCCCGACCACGAAGAAAAUUCUUAGUGAUGAGAGUGGUCUGCGCCACUAUUCAUACACCAAAUCUUAUGCUGAUGCAGAGAAUGACACAACGUGCAUCAUCCAUAGCUCUGGAACGACAGGCAUGCCAAAGCCGGUGUAUCUCACCAACGGCUUCUUCAUGACCAUCGAUUCUCUUUCUCAUCUUUCAAGGCCGGCAGGUCGUCAGCCAUCUAUGUUCCAUGAUCUGGAUCAAACUGAACUGGUGUUGGCCACAGCACCUUUCUUCCAUCUCAUGGGACUGGUAUCAUUCUUGUUCUCUGUGUGGUUCGAAAUUCCCACACUCAUCGGCCCAGAUAAGCCACUCUCCGUCGACCAUAUGAUAGAGCUGCUGCACACUGCUCAGCCCACAGCCGCAGUCUGCCCACCCUCGGUACUGGAAGACAUGAGCCACUCCGACAAAGCUCUAGCUUGUUUGAAAGAGCUCAAGUCAGUCUAUUUCGGUGGCGCACCUUUGCCCCUAGAGACCGGAGAGCGAUUGCGCAAGUAUACCCAGCUCGUAUCGAUACUUGGAAGCAGCGAGGCCGGUGUGAUCCCAGGGUUGGUGCCGGAAGACCCAGUCAACUGGGGUUACUUUGAAUGGAACGAAGCAUACGGAGUCGACAUGCAAGAUGCUGGCGAUGGUGUAUUCGAGAUGGUGAUUACUCGACAGAAGAAUGCGCAAAACUUCAAGGGAAUUUUCCACACAUACCCUGACAUCAAUGUGUAUCCAACCAACGAUCUCUAUACCCCACACCCAACGAACCCACAUCUGUGGAAGUUCCACGGGCGUAAGGAUGAUGUGAUUGUCCUAAGCAACGGCGAGAAGUUCACUCCUGUCGGAAUGGAGACUAUCAUUGAAGGACACCCGCUGGUUGGAAGAGCGGUGGUAGUCGGCCAGUCCCGGUUCCAGGCUGGACUUCUCAUCGAGCCGAGUCAUGAAGGACCAGAUAUGGACGCAAAGCUUUUUAUUGAGGAGAUCUGGCCGACAGUGCAAGUGGCUAAUCAGACCAUUGCGGCUCAUGGACGGGUGAUGAAGAACAUGAUCUGGUUCGCAGUGAAGGCAAAACCAUUCAAGACGACUCCUAAAGGUAGCGUGCAGCGCCGGGCUGUGCUUCGAGACUACGAGAAAGAGAUCGAUGCGAUGUAUGCCGAAGAACUCGAAGAUGACUUGGACCAGUGUCUGCCAGAGAAGCUGGACUACGAGAGUGUUGCAGAGUAUAUUCGCCAGAUUAUUACUCGUGUUCUGGAGAAACCUAUCACAAAAUCUCAGGACUUUUACUCUGCUGGUCUUGAUUCUCUGAUGACCAUUAAUGUCUCUCGGGUGCUGCAAAAGGGAGUCCAGCUAUGUCGGCCGGAUGUGAAAGCAGGAGCCAUCAACACCCAGACGAUUUAUGGCAACCCCACUAUCGACCGAUUGUCUCGAGUUGUAAUGGCCAUCUUAGAUGGGAAAACCCAAGCUAGUAUACCGCGAGCAGAGAAGAUCCAGAGUCUGGUGGACAAGUAUACAUCCGAUCUUCCAGCCCGGGAAAUCUACCAUCAGAAUGGAUUACCUUCGCCUUCGACUGUGAUACUGACUGGUUCAACUGGCUCACUGGGAACUUAUCUACUGCACUCUCUGCUAAGCAGUGAUUCCAUCACUAAGGUCUACUGCCUCAAUCGUUCAGAUGCCGAAUCUCGGCAGAAGAAAAGCUUCGAAGAGAAAGGGCUGCACCUUGACGCAAACGACUGGAAAGACAAGGUCGAAUUCCUCCAAGUCUCAUUUGGAGAACCACGAUUCGGGCUAAACGAGUCCAAGUACCAAGACCUCCUCGACUCAGUUGACACCAUUAUCCACAACGCCUGGAAAGUCGACUUCAACCAUUCCGUCGAUUCCUUCGAGGGCACCCACAUCCAGGGUGUGCGGCGCUUCAUAGACUUUAGCCUGAGCGGCCGCAGCAACGCUCAUCUCCACUUCAUCUCCUCAGUCAGCACGGUAGGCUCUUGGACCCCAGAAAUGGGAGAUUCAAUCCCGGAAGUACCGAUGGAGGACAUUGCCGUAGUUCUCCCUCAAGGCUACGGGGAAUCCAAGUACAUUGCCGAGCGGAUCUGUCUCGAAGCCUCGCGAAGAUCUAAUGUUCCUACGUCGGUCUAUCGCGUCGGACAGAUCGCCGGACCGACCACCACGCGCGGACAAUGGAAUCCGCAAGAGUGGCUACCGACGAUUAUCGCGACAUCGAAAGCGAUAGGUAAAAUCCCUAACCGACUAGGCUCGACCGUGGUCGAUUGGGUGCCAGUGGAUACUUUAUCGAAUAUUAUAGUGGAAAUUGUCAACACACGUCAUAGGAGCUUACCCGAAGCACGGUGGGCCGUGUUCCAUCUCACCAACCCGGAACAAGCACCAUGGUCGUCGUUGAUACCGGCAAUUCAGAGUCAGUAUGCGGCCGAGCCAGUUUCAUUUUCCGCAUGGAUUGCCGAGCUGGAAAGUAUAACCAACCCUAGCAGUGCGGAUAUUGCCUCAAAGCCCGCGCUCAAGCUGUUAGGGUUCUACCGCGGCCUACAAGACGAGGGCAGUGCCCUGUCUGUGGCGCUGGAUGUCCGACGGGCGAAGGAAGCAAGUGUCAGCAUGAGAGCCCUCGGCCCGGUCUCUCCCUCGCUGAUGCAAAAUUGGCUGCAGCAAUGGCGAUUUUGA